UCCAGACAGCAGCUGGCGCCAGGCAAAGGCAUAGCCUCCGGCCGGAGAAGCUACUGGCUACCGCUCCGCUCCGCUCUUGGCUGCGCAUCUUUGGCAGCGCUGGCCAGCACCGCAGCCGAAGCUUCCCUAUUCGAGCAGACGCUGUUCCCUUCUGGAAGGGCCUUGGGGGGCUAGCAACUGGAGGUUGCUCUGCAGAUUUUAGGCAUCGGUAGCUGGUUUGAAAGAAAGGAGGGACUAGGUUUGGAGAAGAGCCGGCGCCUCUUAAAACUCUUGGUGCCUAAAAUGAGUGAGAUGUUGGCCAAAUAGAGCGGAGGGAGAUUAUCUCGUUUUGAAUAUCCAGGACUUCUGGAUGCGCCAGCGAUGUGUGCAGCAACUGUCGAUUUGGCAGCAAACUGGACUCCAUCAAUUGCAGUUCCUUUCUCACUUCAAGCUUACCUCCCUCAGAGCAGUGCUCCGACUGUCUUCCCAGCCUCCAGGUGGGAGGGAGCUGAGAGAGAGGGAAUCAAAAGUCAGCUUGCUUUUGCUCUCUGCUGGUGGCAGAUGCGCAGCUGGUUGGUCUUAAGCAGGCCAAAUGUUUGCAGAGAGGAGCAGCUGACCUUGGUAAGACUGUCACGCCCAUGCACCCGAGCUUUCAUAGACACCAUCCAGUUCUGGAGACAAGGCUGCUCAGGCCCACGGUGGUGUAUGGGAUAUGAAAGAAGGGUUCGCUACUACAUCAUCUACAGACAUGUGUAUGCCACAGAGCACCAGACAGUCUUCCGGUGCUGCCCUGGUUGGAACCAAUGGGAUGAUGAACCAGGCUGCUUCACCUCUGUCUCUUCUUUGGGAACUCAUUUCAGUGGAAGGGAAUGCUGGGAUGGAGACACACAGCAGUGCCUUUGUUCACGAGGAUUUCAUGGACCCCACUGUCAAUAUGAUAUAAAUGAAUGUGCUGUUGACAAUGGUGGCUGUCAAGACCAAUGCUGGAAUACGAUUGGCAGUUAUUACUGCAUAUGUCAAGCUGGCCAAAAACUGGAGGAAGAUGGCAGAGGAUGUGAAGACGUGGAUGAGUGUGCACUCGUGAAUGGAGGCUGCCAGCAGCGCUGUAUUAACACUCCGGGCACCUUCCACUGUGACUGUGACACAGGAUACAGACGCCAUGCUGACGAACGUACCUGCAUAAAGACAGACCCCUGCGCAGGUGCAAAUGGAUGUGCUCACCUGUGUCAAAGCGAGAAUGGCAUGGCCAGGUGCGCCUGCCAUGCUGGGUACCAGUUGUCUGAAGACAAAAAGGCCUGCGAAGAUAUAAAUGAGUGUGCUGAGGAGCUCACUACCUGUGCUCAUGGCUGUGUGAACUCAAAGGGGUCCUUCACGUGCACCUGCCAGCCUGGCUUUGAGCUAGGAGCUGAUGGGAAACACUGUUACAGAAUUGAAUUAGAAAUUGUCAAUAUCUGUGAAAAGAACAAUGGCGGUUGUUCUCAUCACUGCAAGGCUGCGAUUGGUGGACCCCAUUGUUCCUGUAACCACGGACAUCAGCUCGAUACAGAUGGGAAAACAUGCAUAGACUUUGAUGAAUGCAAGAGCGGAGAAGCCUGCUGUGCCCAGCUCUGUAUCAACUACUUAGGAGGCUAUGAGUGCAGCUGUGAGGAAGGCUUUCACAUCGAUGCGGAUGGUUGUGGAUGUGACGCUUUAGACGAUGAACAAUUAGAGGAGGAAGAAGAGGAAAUAGACAUCCUGAGGUUUCCAGGCCUUCUGGUUCAGAGCCUACCUCAGCCACUCCCUUAUCUGGAUCCUUCUCUGACUGCUUCAUAUGAAGAUGAAGACAAUGAUGAUGCAGUCCACGGAGCAGAAGGAGAGUUCCAAGGGCUGGCUGCCUUGCACAGAGUUGUCUGUUUAGAUGGCACCUUUGGCCUGGAUUGCAGCUUGAGCUGUGAAGAUUGCAUGAAUGGAGGGAGAUGCCAAGAAGGAAAGAGUGGGUGCUUCUGCCCAGCAGGAUGGAGUGGCCUCCUAUGCAAUGAAAGCGAUAGCCUAAGAACUGUGGAAGAUCAGCAAGCUCCUAUGGGAUGCCUAAAAGGCUUCUUUGGGAAGAACUGCAAAAGGAAAUGUCACUGUGCUAACAAUGCCCAUUGCCACAGGGUAUACGGUGCCUGCAUGUGUGACCCAGGGCGCUAUGGAAGAUUCUGCCAUCUUCGUUGUCCCAGGGGAGCCUAUGGAGCUAGCUGUUCUUUGGAAUGUCAGUGUGUGGAAGAGAACACCCUGGAAUGCAAUGCCAAAAAUGGUAGCUGCACCUGCAAAUCCGGUUACCAAGGCAACAGAUGCCAGGAAGGUGUAGCAGUAGCCCAAGUAUUCUGAGAGCCAGACACAUCUUCAAAAAUCCUACCCCCAGGCCUGUGUCUGAAUCGCACAUGAAUAGUCAAUUAAGCACUGUUUCAGUGGCAAAGAACUGAAGCCUAAACAACCAGCAGCAACCUCGGCUCAUCGUGAUAGCUUCUAAAACCAGAAGAGCCACUUUCUUCCAGGAACCUGUGAUGUAGGGAGAAAAUCCACCUAAAAGCUGCCUCCAUGUCCUGGAUAAAAGUUUGUAUUCUGUGGAUUUGGACCCCAGACACAGGCAGAUCUCUAAGUGUGGAGGACCCAGUGUUCUAGUAACCCCCACCUCCACCACCAUAAGCUCCUCUUAGGAAACCUGUGCGAACCCUGUACUAUCGCAAGAAAAAUAAAUUUUGAUUCAAAUGGUUCCAAAGCAGGCAAGUUGAAGUUAGGAACCACAGCGGGUCUCUCAGAACAUGGCCCAACUGACUCUGAGUAGUCUAGAGUCACUUGUGAUGGGAGCACAGGACUCUAAACCUGAAAGACUUGGGACCAACUUGUACCUUUGCUGCUUACAGCUUUAUGACAUCAGAAAUGCCCCUUCAUCUCUUCAAGCCUCACUUUAAUAGAAGAUAAAGUUUGAAUCGAUGUGUGUUUGUGUGUGUGUGUGUGUAUGUGUGUGUGUGUGUGUGUGUGUGUGUGUGUAAAUAUGAUCUAAUUAUAUGACAACUAUCUACAGAGGAUAUGGCUGCUAACCCAGUUUAGACAUUCUCAGAAAAUGUGGUAAUUCUGCUAUUCAGAGACUCUGCCCACCAAAACAGACACAUCACAGCUGAGUACAGUGAACUGUAACUUUCUACCAUUGCCAAACAUUUAGAGAAGUUUUCCUGUUUUCUCUGUGUUCAGAGGAUACUUUCUCCAGGGUUUCUAAUUGUCGGGAUUUGGAUAGUGUGUCAUAUGUUGUCAUAUGCCAAUAGUAUGUCUUGUCUGUUCUUUCCAUCAACAGUUCAAAGGAAAUGUAACAAGACAGCAUCCGGUUUCUCUUCCACUACCUUAAACACUUUACAAGGUCUGCCUUCACUAGACUGUCUUAGAAGCAAAUCUGGAUCAGGCAAGUGGAAGUGAGGCUAACAUUUGAAGGCAACCUUGUGAGAAUCUUUUUACAAAUUACAACUCAUUUUCGUGCUUGCUCUAUACAAAUGCCUCCAAAGAUAUAUCAAAAUGCCUUCCCUUGUUAUUGCCUGGAAAAACAGAAAAGAAAACAACAACAACAAUGGCAACAACAACAAAAAAACCCAACCACAACUAAUUUUCAGCAACAGAGCGAAAAAAAGAAAGAAAAAAAGGCAGCCACUAUAUCUGUGUUUCCAAAGUGAUGGACACAGCCCUGUGAUGAUUUCUUCAGGGAAUACUUUUAGAAGUGCUAUAAAUCCUCAAAGGCUAUUGAACAUUUCUUUCUUUGCAGCAUACCACACACACACACACACACACAGAGAGAGAGAGAGAGAGAGAGAGAGAGAGAGAGAGAGAGAGAGAAUUUGCCAGCUCACUUAGGCAACAGUGAAAGUGAAACCCAGAACCAUCUUUCUCUCUUAAUCUUUCAUAUUUUACAAGCCUGCCCUAAUGGCCUCUGGGAACUGGAAUGUCAGUUGUUAUGUGGACUCUGAAAAUGGAGGUUAUUUCGACAGAAAAGUCUGGAAAGCACGACUGUGCUUCUGGUUACACAGGAAGCUCCUGUGCCACGCAUAAAAAGUAAUAAACACAGAUAGGACAAAGAAUAAAGUCAAGAAAUUACUAGCUAUAUAAACGCUGUGUAUUCCUGAAUGUGUGCUCGAUAUACUGCUAGACACUAUUUGACUAACUGUUGUUGCAAUGAUGUUCCCAGGAUUUGGUGGUUUUCAAUGAUGAUUUAUUGUUUUUCUUAAUUCUGUGGGCUGUCAAGGCUGGUCAACUGGUCUUGCUGCUGUUACUCAUGUAUCUAUUUCAACAAGGACGUCUUUUCAGGACAAACUGGACUUGGUUAAGCAUCUCUGCUUUUAAACUUGUCUGUUCCUCUGUGGCAUGCCCCCAAGUUUCACCUCAGUCCCACAGCACAGCAGUGUCAGGAUAUUUCAAGAAGUCUCCAAAGUCACCAAGAGUAGACCAAAGCCUAGUCUCAGAAGACACACAUUAUCAUUUUUACCUCUUUUUGUUGGUUAUGACACAUCCCGAGGCAACCCAGACUUGGUGGGGAAGACAGAGAUUCCACUUCCUUUUUGGAAGAGUAGCAAAACUUCAUUGCUGAAGACUUGCAAAUCGGGUGAUACAAUUAUUGCCGUGUAGAAGCCAAUGUCAUACAGCACGGUAUUUAGAGUUCUUCCGGAAGGCACUUAAGAGUCUACACUAGAACUACCAACUGUGCUGGAGUAGCACUAGACUGGAGAGUCCUAAGGCAAAAAAAUGGUAAGCUAAGUUCAAAGCUGUUUGAGAAGCCAGUAGACCACUGCCUGCCUUGUCCUCACAGGUAUAUGUAUUCAUGGAGCCCCUUGCCAUGUCCACCUGCCCUACCUUCUCUGCUGGGAGCACAGUCACCGGAGAGUUUCUGUAAAGCUACAGGCUGGACAGUAUUUUGCAUAAUGUUUCAAUUUGCAUCAUAAGGUUGAGCAUGAAUCUGCCAUUUUAGACUGCCAAUUGGUUCAUGAAUAGGCAUGGUGAUCUGAAUUAGCAUCCCAUGCUUAGGACUUUCUGCAAACCAGCAUGUGUCUAGAAACAAAAACCCUGAGGAUGGUAUUUAGCAGCAGGCUAAUCAUGUAAUCAUUUGGGGGAAUACAUUGAUGCCCCUGCCCCAAGGAUGACCUGCAAACAAGUUACCAGCCAAGUUCUUUGUCUGACAAGUUUCAGUUACAAUGAGAUAGAUGGUUUUGAGCUCAGGACUGUCCUCAUAGCACUGUUGACAAUCAUUUCAAUGGAGCAGAAGUUGGCCAGAGUAAGAACCAAACACCUUAACAAACUUGUUUUGCUUUAGGGAAAAGGUAAGGUACAUGUGGGAAGGGGAAGGGAAAGGAGGAGUGUAAAGGUAAAGAUUUACCUAUUCAAAACGGGGCUACUUCUGACUUGCUGUUUCCACAAUGAAGUGACACUUUUCCCUUGUCUAACUCAACCUUAACGGAAAAUAAGAGUUAAGCAGAGGGUAAUAAAGUUUGUGUUCUCUCACUUGCCAGGUGAUAUAAAUAAAUAGUUGACAAAGUGUUGAGAGAGGCAAGCUCUGCAGGCUUUCAAAUACUCAUUGUCAUAAUUGCACAACAGUUCUUUCAUGCUAGGGUUUCAACUUGUAGAAAACACUUCAUGAUGCCCCUAAGAAUAGUGUUUGAUGGCAAAUAAUAUUGACUUAAGUAUUAUUGACUAGGUUGUGAUCCAUGUAUUAAACUGAAUACACAAAAAAUUCCCUUAUUCACAAGCCCAGCUGGCUUCCCAUUGAGACCCACAAACACAAAUUAUAUGAUCACUACCAUAAGUAAAUGAACAAGCCAAAAGAGAGCUCAUGGAGACACUUCUCAUGUGUUUGCAUUUUUAAAGGCUUGAAGGGAAACAUAUGGCAUUUCUGUAACUAUUCCGUUACGGUGCACAUGGAAUUUUAAAAACAGGUUACUUUGCCUGUAACUAUAAAACAUGUAUGAGCUACCAAAGUAAACGUUUUGUAACAAGGAAAGCAUCAUCUCUUUGAGUCCGUGCAUGUGAUGGAUUGUGUGAAUGUGUAUCUGUGUGUGCUCGUGUUCCUGUGUGAUUUCACAUGGAGGUUGCCAGGUGUGUUGCUCAGUUAACCUCCUCUUUAUUUUCUGAUGCAGGAACUCUCAGGGAAUCUAUAUGCCAUGGCUUCAGCUGGGUUGGCUGGCCAGUAACCGUCCAAAAUUGUCCCCCACUACCACCAUCAAUAUAAUCAUAGAUAUGUAAUACUUUGCUUGACUAAACAAAUAAUAGUUCAAACAUGUCCAUAAAUGUUGUUCUUUGACAGUUUCACACAUGUGUGUAACACACUCUGGUUACUCUCCCCCUUCCUUUGUCUUCUCUCCCUCACUCUAUGCCAUCAUGUCUUCUUCAUAUGUACAAGUUUUUCCUUUUGUUUUCUCCAGAGUUUAACUCAGGCCAUCUGUAUGACAAGGGGUUUGAACCUGGCAAUUGGCGACUGGUAGGUGCCCCACCGGGAACACAGCUGAACACUAUGCCUUGACUCACCUGUUAGUUGCCAAUAGUUAAACAUCAAGUGGAAGGGGUUUUAUGAUUCAUUUUAGUUUUUAUUUCUAGACAACGUGUAGAGGUAGGAAUGAUGGAUUCACAGCUACAGGCAUGUAUGAAAAUGUCAUAAUAAAACCCAUUGCUAUGAACCAUAAGCAGAUGCUGAUAAAAUUUAAAUGGUGAAAAAUCAUAAAUAAUUUUUCUAUUAGGUAAAAAAAAUAAAGCCAUCUCUAUGAAGGAAGCUUAGCUUUAUGUCGGGCAUGUCACUGAAUAAUCAAAGAAGUUGUCCCAGAUUUAUAUUAAUCAGGCCACUAGUUCCUGAACCAAAGCACAGAGAUAACCUGUCUUCUGGAGGGGAGAGGGGAUUUACUCAGUUAUAUAACACAGCUGCGACUAUUCUGACCAUGUUGGAGUUCAUUACUAGGGUGAAUGCAUAAUAUCUUGGGGCUGACAUUGAAUACCAUGGAUAGAAAAAUGACUAAAAAUUGUAGAAGUAUCUAUUUGUGUAUCUGAAAACUUGUAGGAAGGCAGUGUUUGCUGACUGAAACUGUGGCCAUAUCCAUUUCUAGGACUAUGGAUGAAUAACAUUUGCUCUUAUCUUUGCUUAUUUUUCUUUAACCAUGGCAGUGUACGCUACCAUCUUUGACUAAAAUCUGGGCAUGAUAAUUAUGUAGUGGUUGCUUCGUAAUUCCAUUAGAGCAAAUGUUUUCCCUCUAAUCUUGCCAUAUUUAUUAUUACUCAAAUUUGAGACUCCUCCCCUUUUUGUACUGCUGGGCAUGUUAAGUUUAAUUCAUCAAAAUACUACCAAUCCUCAAACAAACAAAACCUUAAACAACAACAACAACAACAAACUUGUAAUAUUGCCUGUAAAUGCUUCUUUUCCCUUUCUUUAGAAAUCCCAUUUUCACCAUCUUAAUAAUUUGGUUAUUUUAUCUCAAAUUUCUACCAUGUGUCUUAUAAGACAAAUCCAAUUAGAUUCCUUCAAUACUGAAAGAAGAUGUCAGAGAGAAAAGAAGGGAGAGACGUAAGAAUGAAUAUUCUCAUCCCAAAUACAUUCAUGCUUUACACAUCAUUGGAUACAGCUCCAGGAAAGCAAUCCUGGCCACUGGCCUAAUCCUCCAUCAGUGGAAAUCUGAGGAAUGUUGAUUAACGGGAUGAAUGAAAUACAAGAGCCCUGGGUUGUAAAGCUUGCGGUGUUCCCACUGUGAUGAUUCCAAACGCCAAUGUGAUGUCAAAUGGCUCUUAAAAUCUCCUGACAUUUUGCAAUUGGCUAUUGCAAACUUGUAGUCAUGAGGUCAGCACACCCCAGGCUCACAAACAUCACAUAUUCAACACCCACAAGUAAAUUUUCACCUUUACCUUCUCUUCCAAAAACACUUUUCAGGGACUGUUUGUAAACAGGCAACCAGUUUGACCUUUUUAGGUCGAAUUAAUCAACAAACAGUUUCUAGCAAUAAUUGACUUGUCAUUUGGCCUGUUUACUUUGUUUUAAAACAAAAAAAUAAUAACAGAGGACAAGUGGUGGGAGAGGGGAGGGAUGUCUGGGUAGAUAUGAAGAACUUCCAGGCAGAGUUAGGAUGGAGGUGACUAAAAUACACUGUACGACUCUUAAAGAAUUAGUGAGAACGUUAAAAAAAACGAAGUAAUUUCAGAUUCAAAAAUGCAAACCAGAAAGUAUUGCUUUAUGUAUAAACAGCCUAUACACGUUGUUAUUCUAGAAUUCAUGUAGAAUUCUAUUUUAGAGGGAUACUUUUUUCCUAAUAAAGAAAACCUUCUGAGCUGUUUUCCAACAAUUUCUACCUCACCCACCCCAACCAGGGCUGGCAUUUUAUUAUAUACCUUUCUAAAAGUCUUUCUAUAAAGGGGAAAAAGUAUGAAAAAAAAAAAACAACCUGAUGAAUAAAAACAUUUUAGAACCAUCCAAUGUCUUGAGAAUCAGCAAAUGCAAAGAUGUCAGAUGCAACCAAAUGCUGCUUUCUCCACAGCAAUUGCAGAUCUGAUUUUUUAAAGUUGCUGUAAAAUAAAUUGUAUUUAAAUAAUACAUUUCUCAUCCUUCCCUGCAGUGAGAUGCAUUUCCCUUACCAAUCUGGUUCUCAGCAGGCGGGCCAGCCUGAUGAAGUAUCAGCAAAAUGUCAGCUCCCACAGAGAAGUGUGACAGAGGCAACACAGAAGCAGUGACAGCCCUUUCCAAAAGCUAUUGUGCAAAUUCAGCUUUGAAAUAGGGAGAUGGUGGACAAUGAUGGGUGUGUCCUUAUCUCUAGUUCUUCCUCCCAUGGUGAGAAGGAACAAAAGGGGUAUAGUGCACCUCAUGUAAAGCCAAGAAGUUCUGUGGCUGGGUCUGGAUUUAAGUAGAUUAGACUUCAUAUCUGUGUUCUGAAGAAGCUAGUAUUCAAGUGAGCUUUCAUGUUCUUCCCUAUUCCCUUUGAAUGGAGCUCUAGCCACUCCCAUACACAAUCACCUUUAUAAUGUCUGCGGAUCAAUUAAAAAUUAAUCUUCUUCUUACUUUGUAAACCUCAUUGACCUCCUGGUACUACAUAAAAUGAAGUCAAAACUCCACAGCACUAAAGGUCCAUUGUUUUAAUUACUUUUCUCACCAUUAUGACAGAAUGUUUAAAUGGCAGCAACUUAAUGGAGAAAGGAAUUAGUUCGGCUCUCAGAUUGAGAGUCCCCCAAACUCCUAGCAAUUCCGAUACUGUUCCAAAGUCCAGAGUUCAAAGUCUCCUCAGACACUCAAAUAACAGUCUUCCCUGUGAGCACCCGAUGUCUAAUUUAAGUACCACAGAAUAAUGUUCCUGUUGAAAAAGAGAAUGACAGGGGUGUGGCAAGUUGGAGCAAAACAGGUCUAAACAAGACAACCCCACAAGGCAAAGAUUAAGACUUGUAGUUCCAUGUUUGAUAAUGGGCUCAUGGCAUCGUGUCGGGAGUCCCCACAGUUGUAGGAUGGCUGUCGGUCAUUGGCAGCACACAGAAACUCUUAUUUGGAUUCAUGCAGUCUCCCAUGUUUCUAGCAUUGAACACCUUGGGGUUCCUACUGCAACAUGGGCUUCACCUUCAUAUUAUCACGAGUUUCCUUUAGAAUUCUUGCUCCCAUAUAACCAACUACAAUUGUCUCACAUAUAACUCGCAUAGGUCUGUCAUUCAUUCCUGUCCUCAAAGCACCAGGUGCAUCUGAACAUGGUAUCUUUCUUCUUGUCUCUUCUUCCUAAUAAAUACGCUCUCAUUAAUGUGUGUGUGUGUGUGUGUGUGUGUGUGUGUGUGUGUGUGUAGUAUGAAUAUGCACAUGCAAGGGUAUCUUGAGCUUGGUUUUGGUUCUCUUCUGCCACCUUAUGGGUUCCAGUGAUACAGCUCAACUGUUAGGCUUGUGUCAAAUCUUUUUACCCUCAGAGCCAUUUUCCUGGCCCCUCUUAUUUUUAUGGUUAGAAUUCAAGGAUUUUAUCCUAUCUUUCACCAUAGGUAAACAAACCAAACCACAAAGUCCUUUCACUUCAUAGUGUUAUGGGAAUCAGUGUAUUAUAACUAGUUAGGCUUGUCAAUGGUAAGUACUAUCAGUCAGUUUCAUAUCCCCAGCUCUGGACAUAGGAGAGAUAGAUACUCAAGAAAGACUUUCUAGCUUCCAUUAACCAAUGUUCUUGACAACGCUGUAAAGAAAUUUGGGGUUGAAGUUUCAUAGAGUCGAAGGAGGCAUGAUAAAUAGGAAAUCAAAGGAACUAAGAAACAGCCAGUAACUUGGACGGAAUAAACUCUACUGAAUUAUGAGGCUUGUUAAGAUGCAUAGGGAGAAAGAUGGAUAGAUUCUCAAAACCACAGGCUCUCCUCCAAUUCUAAAAGUAGUUUCUAAAGGAUUGGAUAACCAACAGUAUCAAAGCGUAGCAAAAUUUUAUUCUUGGUUUAUUGACAAGUUUUUAUUUCCUUAUAUACUUACCAACUAGAAAAUAAAUGUAACACAUUAUCAAUAUGUAUAUACUAAAUAAGAAACUGUGUUAUACAUCUAGGCCUCUGUAUUCAGUACCAACAUAAUACUUGUUAGGGCUCCAAACUGGGCCAAAGGUACUUGUUUUCCCAGCAACACUAAGUCUCCACCUAUUCCAGAGAAAGGGUGGUAUCUCCCGAUCUCUACCUGAACUCUCCAGUCAAGGUGUACACAAGCACAUGAGUCCCUUCCUUUCCCAUGCCACCCAUGGGGCUGUGAUUUCUGUCAGUUCUCAUGGACCCCUCUGAACAUGCAUCUGCAUUUUGUAGUGUUAUUAACUUUAGUGUUUUAGUGGUAUUUUCAAACAUUGUAAUAAACAACACAGCUGGAAGCACACAGAGGAGGGAAAGGGUUUAUUUCAUCUUUUUAAAAAUUAUUUUGUUUAUUUACAUUCCAAGUAUUGUUCCCAUCCUGGUCCUCCCUCCCAGAGUUCUUCACCCCAUGUCCCCUAUCUUUUGCCUCUGAGAGGGUGUUUUCCCACCCAUCCAGAAACCUCACCCAUACACCCCAACAACAGCAUCCCUCUUUCCUGGGGCAUCAAAUCUCUGUAGAAGAUUAGGCACAUCCUCUCCCACUGAGGCCAAACAAGGCUCUUCUUGGCUAUAUGUGUGCUGGGGCUGUGGACCCUCCCAUGUAUGCUUUUUGGAUGAUGAGCUCCCAGUAGUUCAAGUUAGUUGAUCCUUUUGGUCUUCCUAUGGGACUGUCUUCUUUUAUACAAAUGAUCAAUGAACUGAGAAAGAAAUUAGGGAAACACACCCUUCACAAUAUCCAUAAGUGAUAUAAAAUAUCUUGAUAUAACUUUAACCAAGCAAGUGAAAGAUCCUGAAGAAAGAAAUCGAAGAAUACCUUAGAAGAUAGAAAGAUCUCCUAUGCUCAUGAAUUGGUAAGAUUAACAUAGUAAAAAUGACCACCUUACCAAAUGUAUACAGAUUCAGUGUAAUUUCCAUUAAAAUUCUAACACAAUUCUAAACAGACAUGAAAAGAUCAAUUCUCAAUUUCAUAUGCAAAAACAAAAACCCAGGGUAGUGAAACAAUUCUCAACAAGAAAGAAGUUCCAGAGAAAUCACCAUCACUGACCUCAGAGGAUGUACUACAGAGAAAUAGUGAUAAAAACCACAUGGUAUUGGUACAGAGACAGACAGGUCAAUCAAUGGAAUAGAACUGAAGACCCAAAUAAACCCAUACACCUAUGGACACUUGAUCUUUGACUAAGAAGCCAAAACCAUACAGCAGAAAAAAGAAAGUGUCUUCAACAAAUGGUGCUGGUCUGCCUGGCAAUCUGCAUGUAUAAGAAUGCAAAUUGAUCCAUAUUUAUCACCUUGUACAAAGCUCAAGUCCAAGUGGUUUAUUUCUUCUUAAUAGUUUUAGAUCAAGGCUGUCACUGAGGGAAGUCAGGGCUGGAGCUCAGCUGGGCAGGAACCUGGAGGCAGGAACUGAAGCAGGGAAGAUGGAGGACUGGUAUUGGCAUGCUCAGCCUGCUAUCUUAUACCAUCCAGUACCAUCUGCCUAGGAAUAGUACCACCUACAGUGGGCUGGGACCUCCUUCAUCGAUCAUUAACCAGGACAAUGUCCCACUGACAUACCUACAGGCAACAUGAUCGAGGAAUGUUCUCAAUUUAGGUUUCUUUUCCCAGAAGACUGUUGCUUGUGUCAAGUUGACAAAUAUCUAACUGGGACAUGUAACUUACGAACAAAGAAACCAAAUUUAGGAAGAGAUGAGAAACCUAGCUGAAAUUAAGGAAUUCACCAUUAGAUAAUAGAUAUCGUAUCCAUAUGGUUAUUCAAUAAGAUAGUGUUCAGUGUUUACUACUGUAGUCAUAUGCUGUCAAUCAAGAAAAGAUAAAGAAACUUAGUUCCAUAAAACACAAUCUAUAAAUAAAAGUUACAUUUUCUGUUUUGAGCCCCACAUUUGUACAUUGCACUAAAAAGACUGAUUGGCAGAGCAGGGAGCAUGAUGGUGUUGUCCGUUAUCACAAUAGCCCAUGCUCCAUUUAAUGAUGAAUGAAUGAUGCUUUUAUUUGUCUGUCUGCAACGUGUUCCACUGAUUUUCACGUCUGUCUACACACACAACACAAUGACAGUUUUGAGUGGGACUUUGAGGUCAGCCAGUCCAACUGGAUCCAACCUUAUGCCAGAUCCUCUACGUGCUCAGCUGAAUGUAAAUGCUGUUCUCCCUCUAAUGUAAAUAAGAACGUGGAUUGCCUCUACCUUCUGCAGAUGUCUGAUGUUCGAGUCCUCUUUGUUUUCACAGGACUUCCUAAUCUUAACUGUGUUUAAAAUUCUCUGUCUGUUGGUAAGUAUAGCUGGCUAGCUGCCUCCACUAAUCCGUGAUUAUUCCUGAAUUGAGUAUCUGGCAGAACACAAAACACAUGCUUUUUUUUUUCUUUUUCCAAAGUGAGCCAUCCAGAAGUUUUACUCUCUAAUACAGAAACCAUUUGCAGGCAUCCAGGCACAGAGAUUAUGUUCUCAGUAGAGAUCAUGGAGUAUGCAGCUUGCAAUUUUAUUUACUUAAGGCUGGGUAUUUCGCUUUACUUAGCUGGCAUGCAUUAUCCGUGCACUAUAAUGUCCUACUACGAAAAUACAAGGAUCAGCCUGACAUAGAAAACUCUAUAUUUUAAGGUUGUUACUUAUCCCACUGUAUCUAAAUAUUAUUCCUUUCAUUUUACUUUUUAAAAACAAAACAACUUGAAAGUUCAUAAGCCAUGGAUUAUGCUGGGGAAUAUUUCAGUUCGCUGAAAGUUGAUGGCAUGUCAGAUCAUAAUUUAUUAAGCUUUAUUCUUAUCCUCCAAUGAGACUUGCUUUACAUAUCAUUUAUUAAGUGCCAUUUGGUAUAUUAAAACAAGACAACAUCUUGCCUUCAAGGACUACAUAUACAAUUCAGUGAGUAAGAAAGGUGCAUAUAUCACUUAAUUAUAUGUAAAAGAAGAAAUGUAAUGGAUGUUCCUAUGCAGCUCUGAUUCAUUCUUCUGAGGUAGAAUCCUGAAGUCUUCCCCGAAGAGGUGGCACACCAGCUAAACUUCCAAUGCUAAACAUAGAAUUUGUAGGAUAGUCAGGAAUGAACUUGGUAAGACUCCUAGUUGGUAAAGACCCACUGGUGUGAAAUGAUAGGCUUCUGUAGAAUAGCUAGAUUUGAACUGAGAUGUGAUAAGAGAUGAAAGAAAGGGGGAAAGGAAUGGAAUAAUAAUAAUGGUUAGUUGGCAAAAUGGCAAGGUGAUACAUUAGUCAAUCAAGAACUUGGUGUGUGUGUGUGUGUGUGUGUGUGUGUGUGUGUGUUUGUGUGUGUGUGUGUUUGUGUGUGUGUGUGUGUGUGUGUGUGUGUGUGUGUGUGUGUGUGUGUGUGUGUGUGUGUAGGUAUGGGACACAUAUUCCUUCAAGUAUGCCAACUCGUAUGCUCAUGGAGGUCAGACGUCAACAUUGGGUAUCUUUAUUGGUUGUUCAACAUCUUACUUUUUGAGACAAGAUUUGAUAUGGAACCUGGAACUAACCAAUAGACUAGACUUUCUGGGAAGUGAAUUCGAUAAACCUGCUUGUCUCUGCCCUGCAAUGUUGCUAAGGUUACAGACACUUCCUGUCCCAUGCCUGGUUUUUAGAAUGAGAGCUGGGGAUCUGAACUCGGAUCCUCGUGCUCAUGAGAACCUUAGUGGUUGAGGCACUGUCUCUCCAGCCCAGAGAGUUUCUUUAGAGGAUGGCUUAAGCAUGAGCUUGGCUAUUGUGUAGCACAGUGUUUUAUAUCUGCUCUGCCAUUCUUCCUACUUACCUUCAUCUAAUUCUGACUUUGCAUCCUGAGAGAUAGGAAGAACUUUAUAGUCACCAUUAAUUUAUAUUGCAUAUACUCCUUACUAUUACCACAAUACAGUCAUUGAAAAUUAUUGAAAACUUAAAAGAAUAGCUCUGUCUUAUCAAACAAUUUUUUAAACCUUCUUAAAACACAUUCUCUUGUUUAUUUCAACUGAAGCUCAUCUGUGGGGAAGAGAGAAAUGCUGUGCUUACUCUGUCUCCCUGUUUCUCUGUCUCUCUGUCCCUCUACCUCUGUGUCUCUGUCUCUGUCUCUUUCUGUCUCUCUGUCUCUGUCUCUGUCUCUGUCUCUGUCUAUCUCUCUCUGUCUCUUUCUCUCUCUCUCUCUCUCUCUCACACACACACACACACACACACACACACACACACCCCAACUCCUUUAUUGUGAAGUUGCUGGAAAUAUCACCCUGUAGUCUUUCAUCUUCAAACAUAGAUCUGAUAUUACAAAUCACCCAGUUUUCUGAAGGCACACACAGAGCUCUGAGCAGGUUUGCUCAAGGGCCACUACUAGGGAACUAAUCAUGGAAAUCAGAGGACAAAGGGAGCAUCCUGAGCCCAGCUCUCAAGGUACAAUUCAGCAUGGUAGUGAGAGCCUGCAGCUCAAAUCCAGACUACCUGAGUCUGACCCUGGCUUGUGCAUUGAGAAGUUCUGAAUCAUUAGGUAGGUGCUUAGUUUGAUCUAUUCCUCUUGUGUGUAAAAUGAAAUUAAUAAAGAAUUUGCCCCCAUCAUACAUUCAGAACCUAACGAGAAUUAGCUGGGCUAGUAUAUGUCAUACUCUUGGAAAGGCAUCUGGCCCAUAAUAUGUACUCAACAAUUAUAAAUUCUAAAGCAGGUUCCCUGAAAGCUUAGAAUGACAUAACUCAUUUGACACAUUGAAUUGAGGUCUGUUGUGUUAACAUGGACACAUGAAAGGUUUCCUUUUGUGUCUUGGUACCUAACAUGGACAUAUUCAGUUCUUUCAAGUCUGUAGAGAACCCCAUUAUAUUUCCACUUUCAGGCAGGGAAACGGAUAUGCAGAAAGGUAAAACAACUUGCCUUAGACAAUGGGCAAAGAAAGAAGUUAGGACUGCGGUCCGAGUAAUUUAAUAUUAAUGAAUAACCUUGACCAUUGUGGAGUUCUGGCAGAGAGGUGAGCCUUUCCUGAAUAGAUGUUGAAAUUGAAAGAUGAUGAAGGUUUUAAGCAACACAGGAAAAAAUGGUGACACUAUGAAUCAAAAUUAUGUGUGUUUGUGCACAUUGUGCACAUGAACAUGGGAUCACACAUGUGCACACGUGUUAUUUAAAUGGAUAGUGUGAAUUACACUGGGCAGAACAUGCAUGAAUAAUAAUUUGUUGGGAAAAAUAUCCUUUGAAUUCAAAAGAAAAGUAAGAAUUAUCAGUUUAGAUAUGACUGUUUAUAGUUUCUGGCUAUAAAAAAGGGCAUCAAUGGACAUGGAUGACUAAAUAUCUCUGAAGUAUAAUAUUGAGUUCUUUGUGUAUAUGCCUAAGAGUGCUAUAUCUGGAUCUUGUAGUACAUAAAUUUUUCAGCUUUUUGAGGUACCUCCACACUGAUUUCAACAGGAGCUAUACCAGUGUGCACUCCCACUAGCAAUUAAUAAGGGGUCUCCUUUCCCUGUAUGCUAGCCCACAUUUGUUUUAUUGAUUUUGGCCAUUCAGAUUGGGAUAAGAAAAAAAAAAAACAAUGUAAUUUUAGUCUAUGUUUCCUCAGUAGCUAAGGAUGUUUCCUGUUUUAAAAAUUGUUCCUCAGCCAUUUCUGUUUCAGUUUUUCAAUUUCUGUUAAUUCUAUACCCUAUUUUUAAAUGGGUUAUUUGUUUUCUUGGUGUUUAGUGUUUUCUUUCAGUUUUAAAAUACAUUCUAUAUAUAAAUCCUCUAUCAGAUGUAUAAUUGGUAAAGUUUUUUUUUCCAAUUCUAUAGGCUGCUGCUUUCUUUGAAUGCUUCUGUCCUUGGCUAUACAGAGCUUUUUAGAUUAUUGUGGUCCAGUAUUUAUUGUUGGUCUCAAUGCCUUUGCUAUCAGUGUUCUUUUCAGAAAGUUCUCUCCUGUUCAAAGAGUUCAAGCCUGUUCACUACUUUAUCUUAGACGAAGUUCAAGGUAUAUGGAUGAACAUUGCCGUUCUUGAUCCAUUUGGUGUUCAGUUUUGUGCAAUGUGUGAUAAGUAUAGAUCUGUUUUCCUUCUUCUACUGACAUCUAUUCAGUUUGACCAGCACUAUUUGUUGAAGAUACUAUCUUUUCUCUAGUGUGUAUUUUUUUCUUGUCUUUGUAAAGAAUCGGUGUAUAUAGGUCUAUGUAGAAUAAUAUGUUGAUUUUUCAAUUCUGUUUUACUGACCAGCAUGUCUGUUCUUAUGACAAUAGAUUGCUGCUUUAAUUACUACAGCUAUAUGAUACAGCUUGAAGUCUGGGAUGCUGGCACCUCCAGCAGUUAUUUCCUCAUUCAGGAUUGUUUUGGCUGUACUUUUUUUGUAUGUGUGCAUGUGCGUGCAUGUGUGCAUGCUUCCCUAGGAAGCUGAAAAUUAUUCAGCCAAAUUCUGUGAAGAAUUAUGAAUUGUGUUAGAAUCAUGUUGGGGUACAUUUACACAAUAGGACUUUCCUCAACAGCUAAGAAAAAUUGAAAUUUUCUAGUAAAUAGAUGGAGCUAGAAACAAUCAUCCUGAGUGAGGUAACCCAGACUCCAAAGGGAACAUAUUGGAAGUUUUCUCUUAGACACAGAUGUUAACUUUCAGAAUUAGAUAUGUAGCUUUCGAUAUAAAUAACCACAGAGGUUAGACACCAAGGAACAGACCAGGAGGGAGGAGGAGGCGCUCCAUGGAACAGAUAAUAGAAUACAGCAUUAUAAAGAGAUAAAGCAAAAGCUGGAAUAGGAGGAUUAAAUGAGAAGGGAGAUGAGAGGGCAAAGUGAAAGAGAGAAUUCAAAACAUCCUUUGUGAAGUUACAUUGAAAGCUACGUCUAUAGAAGCUUUCUAAAAUACAUACAUACAGACAGACAGACAGACACAAGAAUCAUUUAAGUGGAGUCACUGUGUAAUGGCAUAUGGAGUGUUCCAACUAGACACCUUAUGUUACCAAGUAAAUCAACAGGGCCAGGAAUGGGUUUGAUGUUGGUGAAUACUUGGCCAAAGGGAUUGCUCAACCUUAUAUAUCAUGGGCUAUUGUCAAGGCGACUGGUAACUCUCUGACCCUGAUGCUGCUGCUGAAGACAUUACUCAUGUCACCAGACAUGGAGAACUUGAGUUAGUGCCCAACUGGAAACUUUACCCCUGGAAGAAACUCAAUACACUACAAAAAAAAAAAGAGAGAGAGAGAGAGGUGAUCACCAAUUUCAUACAGAUACAAACUUUUUAAUCUACCAUAGAGACGUGCUUGCAGGUAUAAUGGUGCAUUAGUGGUGUGAUGUUAUAGAGGAAACAGCUACUUUUGUUCAGUUUAAGUCCUACUCUCUAAGAUGUAACCUAUACAUAACAGCUAAAGUAGCCAACAAGCUGAGAUUAGAUUGGUCAUGGGCAUGGGGGAAACCUACUGCUAUCAUUCUACUAAAGGAAUGUAGCAACUAUAAUAGAAAUCAAAAUAUUCCUAAUGGCAUAUUGCUAUACUCAAAAGUACGGUAUUGCUCAAUCCUUUGACAGAAGCUUCUUCUUCCAAUAAAUGGUAAUUAACAAAGAGAUUUACACCUGGACAGUGUGUAGAGAGUGAGAGUCUUUGAAGCACUGAGCCCCAAAUACAAUGAGACUUCCCCUCGAGGCUAAUGAUCUAUGUGGGAAAUGACGUAGGAAGAUUUUAGUAACUGUGGAUUGUGGGUAACUCCAAUGACAUAGCAUCUUCUAGGUACAAUAGGACUCAUACACAUAUGAAUUCACUCUGGAACUACAAACAUAAAGCAUGUACAUGUUCAAACCAGAAAAAAAUCCCAGGACUGAGAAGGGAAAGUGGGCACAAAGCCCCACCUCCAACUAAGAGGUAUUUGCAGUUAAUGCCUGCUAUAAAGAGGAUAGUCCAUUUUUGAGUGUCAGUGUCACUGUGUACAUUAAGCAGAUUCCAGGGCGGCAGUUCUCUCUCUGUCUCUCUGUCUCUCUGUCUCUCUGUUCUCUCUGUCUCUCUGACUCUCUCUCACACACACACACACACACACACACACACACACAUUUGUUUGCUUUACUAUAUUUAGAAGGAUGUUUGGUUUGGUUUUGCCUCUGUUUUCAGAGAGAGAAAUUAUGUGAGAUGGGAGGAGUGCAGGAUCUGAAAGGACUUGGGGGAGGAGAAAGUUUAUGGUCAUAAUAUAUUGCUUUCAUGAAACAAAAAUUUUAGAUAAAAUUUUACAGACAGAAGUUUGGACAGGAGAACCGCUAACGUGAAAAUGGGCUUGGACAGAUGACUGAUGGAAGAAAGAACCUACUGGGUAAACUAAAAAGACUGACAAGAAUCUACCAAAGGGCUGCUAUUGGCCAGGAUGUAUAGAACAUAAAACUGAUGAAAAAGACUCAAAUUGACUUGGAGCAGAGGGAAAAGUAUGACCAACUUAGUGUUCAAUGUAGCCUGCAGAUGUGUUGUGGGUGAUUGGCAAAUGUUUUAAAACUAAACAAUUCAACAUUUUAAAGAUCAGAAUGUAUAUGAAUACUGAGCUCAUGUUCCUGUGUUGGAAUACAUCACUACCUUUAUGAGCUCCUAAUUUCCCAGGUAAGGCAGGCCCCUCCCAGUUGGUUUAUUCUGUACAGUUCUCAUCUGGUCAGACUUACAUGCUCUUUCUUUGUGUGAGAUGGGUGAUCUCAGGAACCUCUAUCUGUGACUCUUAGAAAAAAUGUGAAGAAGAAAUAGAAAUGUUCAGAGACACAUGAUUCAGAAAAGAAUGACUUUCAAGAGAAAGAAAACGUAAUUGCAUAAUUGUGAUCUUAUAUACUAUUUACAAAAAGAAUAGGAGACAUGGAGAAUUUGAAAUGUAGUGUAUAUUGAUGCAUAUGGAACGCAGGCUUGGAUAAUAAAUAAAUACCGGCAUACAGAAUUAAAUGAAUGAAUGCAUGCCUGCAUACAUACAUUCAUACAUACAUACAUACAUACCUACCUACAUACGAAAUUAAAACAGCACCCGUAGGUAGACCGGUCUUUCAGAGACUAUGAUGAUAAAGAGUAAGUAAAGCACUCCUUUUCCUCAGCCAGCAGAAGCCUUAAGAUCUUCUUUGCAUAUGCAAGAUGCAUUAGUCCUGGUCCUCUGCCAAUGUUAUCUCUCUAUCAACAAGUUCAACAGACUCAUUUUCUCCUGUUCCAGAAGCUGAGGCCCAACCCUCCAUAGGAAAGAAGACUCAGAAGCCACCGAGGUUACUGAAGUAAAAUCAAGCAUUUGGAAAUUUGCUUUGAUGUAAGACUUGUAAAAAUACAUUGAAACGUGUUCAUAGAUAGUUCUAGUUGCAACUGUGAGUUUUUUAAACUCAACAAUUAUAGUUCAACUGUGCUCCCAACACAUGCAAUAUUGUAUUUUAUUUUCUAAGUCAUACAUUUUUUUAUGACAUUAUAAUGCCUCUUAAAAUUUAAGAGGCCUGAUGCUAGAGAGAUUUCUCAACAGUUAAGAGUGCUUGCUGUUCUUGCAGAAAACCUGAGUUCAUUCCCAAGCACUCAAAUCAGGCAGCUCACAAACACCUAUAACUCUAGGUCCAGGGAAUCAAAUGCUGUCUUCUAGCCUUUGUGGUCACCUGUAUUUACACAUGCAUAUAUCCACACACCUAUGCAGAAGACUAAAAAACAAAUAAAUCUUUGAAAAAUGUAGGAGUGUCUUAAACUCGAUAACACAACAAAUGUAUAACCGUAUUUGUAAUUUUCUAACAUAGUCUGUUGCCUAGGAGUGCAUCAAAAAGAGUGCUCGGGACUGUGUUACAAAAAAACCCCAUCUAUUCAGCACAGAGAGAGUUAGAGUGGGAAAGAAAAAUCAGAAUAAAUAUAUGUAUUUAAUCAAUUUCAAACAGUUUGAAGUAGCUCGAUUUUAAAUGCCUGAUUGAUUAUCACCGUUAUUUCCAAGUUGGAAUAAAUAACUGUUGUUGGCUUUGGAGACGGUAGUGAAACUCAGCCUGAGAUAGCUGUAUUAGCUUCUCUCUUUUGCAGUAAAAACGACAGGCCCAAAAAUCUAGGGGAAAAAAUCUGCUAUUUUAAGAUGCUGUGGAUCUAACUAACUGGGUUUUCAUGCCAUCAUUAAUCAAUGAUGGGAAUAAGGAGAAGAGAAAGAAGGAAUGGCUGGCCAGCUAGUGAGCCUUCCUUCAGAACAGCAGCAAGGAGGUCGGCCAUCUUCUCCCCUGCCUUUGUGAAAAGAGCCACAUAAUUAACAUGCUCUCAAAGCUUCCCUUGCAACUUUUUCACACUGGAGGCAAUGACUUCAUGACAUCAUUGAAACUGCUUAUGAAUUUACAGAAGGAUAGUGUUUCUUAGCAUCUAAAGUGUAUUUUCUCAUGUGAAUUAACUUUUAAUUUCUCUGUCCUAACUUAUCUUUAAGCCCAUGUAAAUGAUAAUAUUAGCAUGUCCACCGAGAGAAUGCAUAGAUAUUUGUAUUUUAUGGAGAAUGUCUAUAAUGUAAAUAACAAUAAAGCAUUGGCUCAAACUUCUAAUUUUUGUUUAUCUGUAGUGACAUUAGAACAAGAAAUUAGCACUUUGCUUAUUACUAUUUUCGUGGCUAGUAUCUUGUUUAAACUUGGAAUUUUUCUAAGAAUAAUAUCCACAUUAUACUAUAAUCUGACAGAAGAGUAGAGAAGUGAGUUCUAUCACAUUUAGCCAUCCACAUUGUUAUUCUCAUCAAAUUUGAACUAUUAAAUAAUGUACAGUCUUGCAUUUCAAUAUGGAAAUUUAUAUACAUUUUCUCUUCUGCUCUAGAGAUUUAGAAAUCAAAAAUAAAAUAAAUUUCUCUAAGAACACAAUAAGGUUGUGUCUGCUAUGACAGAUCAGUUCAGGAGCAUCCACACCCUCUGUACACGGGAGUAUUCCCGCACACUCAAUAUUCAAAGGCGUUAGAUAGUAAAAUAUCCUACUCAUCUGUUCAGGGAAAUUUUUCAAAUUUUAACAAUUUUAUCAAUCCCUGGCAAGGCCUUUAAAGCUUUGCAAAGAAUAUUAAUAAGUCAUUAAUGGUUAAUUACAUGCCAGCUUUGAGGUCAAGGAGUUUGAGCAGAUUUUAGUCAUUUGAAUUAACAUGCAUCAGUUCUGAAAGGCGUCCAUAGUGCAAGUUUCUCUACUUCUCUUGCUAAUCCUAAACUCUCAUUUAUGAAAACACAAACAUAGAAACAUGAAUUCAGUUGUCUUUCAGAAGUAAAGAAGCAGGUUGGAGCAAUGCACAAGUAAGGAAAGGGUUGGUGAUUAAUAGUGUGAAUCCUCAGGGGAAGACAGAUUAACUUUUUUAAAAAAUAAUGAUUAUCUUUAUUAGAAUGAAAGAAUGUGAAAAGUGCUGUAUCAAGGACCAUUACAAUCUCUACAGGAAGGGUCCUUGUUCUCAUUUUCUCCGAUAUUUAGGGUUAUUUGUCUCCCUGCAGUCUAAUUUUGUGAAUUCUUUGUAUAUUUUGGAUAUAAGCCCUCUAUCUAUUGUAGGAUUGGUAAAGAUCUUUUCCCAAUCUGUUGGUUGCCGUUUUGUCCUAACCACAGUGUCCUUUGCCUUACAGAAGUUUUGCAGUUUUAUGAGAUCCCAUUUGUUGAUUUUUGAUCUUAGAGCAUAAGCCAUUGGUGUUUUGUUCAGGAAAUUUUCUCCACUGCCCAUGUGUUUGAGAUUCUUCCCCACUUUUUCUUCUAUUAGUUUGAGUGUAUCUGGUUUGAUGUGGAGGUCCUUGAUCCACUUGGACUUAAGCUUUGUACAGGGUGAUAAGCAUGGAUCGAUCUGCAUUCUUCUACAUGUUGACCUCCAGUUGAACCAGCACCAUUUGCUGAAGAUGCUAUCUUUUUUCCAUUGGAUGGUUUUGGCUCCUUUGUCAAAAAUCAAGUUACCAUAGGUGUGUGGGUUCAUUUCUGAGUCUUAAAUAUUAUUCCACUGGUCUAUCUGUCUGUCUCUGUACCAAUACCAUGCAGGUUUUUUUUUUUUUUUUUUUUUUUUUUAUCACUAUUGCUCUGUAAUACUGCUUGAGUUCAGGGAUAGUGAUUCCCCCAGAAGUCCUUUUAUUUUUGAGAAUAGUUUUAGCUAUUCUAGGUUUUUGUUGUUCCAGAUGAAUUUGCAAAUUGUUCUGUCUAACUCUAUGAAAAAUUAGAUUGGCAAUUUGAUGGGGAUUGCAUUGAAUCUGUAGGUCGCUUUGGUAAAAUGGCCAUUUUUACUAUAUUAAUCCUGCGAUCCAUGAGCAUGGGAGAUCUUUCCAUCUUCUGAGAUCUUCUUCAAUUUUUUUCUUCAGAGGCUUGAAGUUCUUAUCACACAGAAUUUUCACUUGCUUGGUUAAAGUCACACCGAAGUAUUUUAUAUUAUUUGGGAAUAUUAUGAAGGGUGUCCUUUGCUAGUUUCUUUCUCAGCUUGUUUCUCUUUUGGUGUAGAGGAAGACUACUGAUUUAUUUGAGUUAAUUUUAUACCCAGUCCCUUUGCUGUCUGUGUUUAUCAGGUUUAGUAAUUCUCUGGUGGAACUUUAGGGAUCACAUAAAUAUACUAUCAUAUCAUCUGCAAAUAGUGAUAUUUUGACUUCUUCCUUUCCAUUCUGUAUCCCUUUGAUCUCCUUUUGUUGUCUGAUUGCUCUGGUUAGGACUUCAAGAACUAUAUUGAAUAAGUAGGGAGAGAGUGGGCAGCCUUGUCUAGUCCCUGACGUUAGUGGGAUUGUUUGAAGUUUCUCUCCAUUUAGUUUAAUGUUACCUACUGGUUUGCUGAAUAUGGCCUUUACUAUCUUUAGGUAUAGACCUUGAAUGCCUGCUGUUAUCAGGACUUUUAUCAUGAAGGGGUGUUGAAUUUUGUCAAAUGCUUUCUCAGCAUCUAAUGAAAUGGUCAUGUGGUUUUGUUCUUUCAGUUUGUUUAUAUAAUGGAUCACGUUGAUGGUUUUCCGUAUAUUAAACCAUCCCUGCAUGCCUGGGAUGAAGCCUACUUGAUCAUGGUGGAUGAUUGUUUUGAUGUGCUCUUGGAUUCGGUUUGCCAGAAUUUUAUUGAGUAUUUUUGCAUCGAUAUUCAUAAGGGAAAUUGGUCUGAAGUUCUCUUUCUUUGUUGGGUCUUUGUGUGGUUUAGGUAUAAGAGUAAUUGUGGCUUCAUAGAAGGUAUUCGGUAGUGAUCCAUCUGUUUCAAUUUUGUGGAAUAGUUUGGAUAAUAUUGGUAUGAGGUCUUCUAUGAAGGUCUGAUAGAAUUCUGCACUGAACCCGUCUGGACCUGGGCUCUUUUUGGUUGGGAGACUUUUAAUGACUGCUUCUAUUUCCUUAGGAGUUAUGGGGUUGUUUAAAUGGUUUAUCUGUUGUUGAUUUAACUUUGAUACCUGGUAUCUGUCUAGGAAAUUGUCCAUUUCCUGCAGAUUUUCAAGUUUUGUUGAAUAUAGGCUUUUGUAGUAGGAUCUGAUGAUUUUUUUUUUUGAGUUUCGUCUGAUUCUGUAGUUAUGUCUCCCUUUUCAUUUCUGAUUUUGUUAAUUUGGACGCACUCUCUUGUGUCCUCUCGUUAGUCUGGCUAAGGGUUUAUCUAUCUUGUUGAUUUUCACAAAGAACCAGCUUUUGGUUCUGUUGAUUCUUUCUAUAGUCCUUUUUGUUUCUACUUGGUUGAUUUCAGCUCUGAGUUUGAUUAUUUCCUGCCUUCUACUCCUCCUGGGUGUAUUUGCUUCUUUUUGUUCUAGAGCUUUUAGGUGUGCUGUCAAGCUGUUGAUAUAUACCCUCUCCUGUUUCUUUCUGCAGGCACUCAGAGCUAUGAGUUUUCCUCUUAGCAUUGAUUUCAUUGUGUCCCAUAAGUUUGGGUAUGUUCUUCCUUCAUUUUCAUUUAAUGCUAAGAAAUCUUUAAUUUAUUUCUUUAUUUCUUCCUUGACCAGGUUAUCAUUCAGUAGUGCAUUGCUCAACUUCCAUGUAUAUGUGGGUGUUCUUUCCUAAUUGUUAUUGAAGACCAGCUUUAGCCCAUGGUGAUCUGAUAGGAUGCAUGGGAUUAUUUCUAUCUUUCUGUAUCUGUUGAGGCCUGUUUUGUGCACGAUUAUAUUGUCAAUUUUGGAGAGAGUACCAUGAGGUGGUGAGAAGAAGUAUAUCCUUUUGUUUCAGGAUAGAAUGUUCUAUAAAUAUCUGUUAAGUCCAUUUGGUUCAUGACUUCUCUUAGUCUGUCUAUGUCUCUGUUUAAUUUCUGUUUCCAUAAUCUGUCCAUUGAUGAGAGUGGGGUUUUGAAAUCUCCUACAAUUAUUGUGUGAGAUGCAAUGUGUGCUUUGAGCUUUAAUAAGAUUCCUUUUUUGUAUGUAGGUGCCCUUGUAUUUGGAGCAUAGAUAUUUAAGAUUGAGAGUUCAUUUUGGUGGAUUUUUUUCCUUUGAUGAACAUGAAGUGUCCUUCCUUAUCUUUUUUGAUGACUUUUAGUUGAAAAUUGACUUUAUCUGAUAUUAGAAUGGCUACUCCAGCUUGAUUCUUCAGACUAUUUGCUUGGAAAGUUGUUUUACAGCCUUUUACUCUGAAGCAGUGUCUGUCUUUGUCUCUGAGGUGUGUUUCAUGUAGGCAGCAAAAUGCUGGGUCCUCAUUUUAUAUCCAGUUUGUUAAUCUGUGUCUUUUUAUUGGGGAAUUAAGUCCAUUGAUGUUGAGAGAUAUUAAGGAAUAGUGAUUGUUGCUUCCUAUUACCUUUGUAUUUGGAGGUGAGAUUAUGUUUGUGUGCUUAUCUUCUCUUUGUUUUGUUUAUUUUGUUUAAUCUUUGCAAAACGAUGAGUUUCUUGCUUUUUCUAGGGUGUAGCUUGUCUCCUUGUGUUGGGCUUUACCAUUUAUUAUCCUUUGUAGGGCUGGAUUUAGAGAAAGAUAUUGUGUAAAUUUGGUUUUGUCAUGGAAUAUCUUGGUUUCUCGAUCGAUGUUAAUUGAGAGUUUUGCUGGAUACAGUAACCUGGCUGGCAUUUGUGUUCUUUUAGGGUCUGUAUGACAUCUGUCCAGGAUCUUCUGGCUUUCAUAGUCUGUGGUGAGAAGUCUGGUGUGAUUCUGAUAGGUGUACCUUUAUAUGUUACUUGACCUUUUUCCCUUACUGCUUUUAAUAUUCUUUCUUUUGUGUGUGUGUGUGUAUUUGGUGUUUUGACUAUUAUGUGACGGGAGGAGUUUCUUUUCUGUUCCAAUCUAUUUGGAGUUCUGUAGGCUUCUUGUAUGUUCAUGGGCAUCUCUUUCUUUAGGUUAGGGAAGUUUCCUUCUAUGAUUUUGUUGAAGAUAAUUACUGGUCCUUUGAGCUAGAAGUCUUCACUCUCUUCUAUACCUAUUAUCCUUAGGUUUGAUCUUCUCAUUGAGUCCUGGAUUUCCUGUAUGUUUUGGACCAGUAGCUUUUUCCUCUUCACAUUAUCUUUGAAGAUUUCUGUGGAAUCUUCUGCUUCUGAGAUUCUCUCUUCUAUCUCUUGCAUUGUUGGUGAUGCUUGUAUCUACGGUUCCUUGUCCUUCCUUUGGUUUUCUAUAUCCAGGGUUGUCUCCCUUUGAGAUUUCUUUAUUGUUUCUAUUUCUAUUUUCAAUUCCUUCACCUAUUUGAUUGUGUUUUCCUGUAAUUCUUUCAGGGAUUUUUGUGUUUCUUUUCUAAGGGCUUCUACUUGUUUACGUAUGUUUUCCUGCAUUUCUCUAAGGGAGUUCUUUAUGCCUUUCUUGAAGGCCUCCAUCAUCAUGAUCAAUGUGAUUUUAAAUCUAGAUCUUGCUUUUCUGGUGUGUUUGGAUAUUCAGUGUUUGCUUUGGUGGUAGAAUUGGGCUCUGAUGUUGCCAUGUAGUCUUGCUUUCUGUUGUUUGAGCUCCUGUGCUUGCCUCUCGCCAUCAGGUUGUCUCUGGUGUUACCUUGUUCUGCUAUUUCUGACAGUGGCUUGACCGUCCUGUAGGCCUGUGUGUCAGGAGUGCUGUAGACCUGUUUUCCUGUUUUCCUUCAGCCAGUUAUGGGAACAGAGUGUUCUGCUUUCAGACAUGUAGUCAUUCCUGUUCACUGGCUUUCAGCUGUUCCUGUGGGUGUGUGAAUCCACCAGGCAGGUCACUUGGAGCAGAAAAGUUGGUUUUACCUCUGGUCUUGGGCCUGAAGUCGCUCCUCAGUGCUUGGUUUCAGCUCUUCGUGAGGGCAGCAACCAGAAGGGUCUGACCUUUCUUCUGGGUCCCUGUGCGCAGGGGACCCUGAUGGUGCUAGGUGUUUUCCUCUAGAGUCAGAAAUGUGGGAGAAGAGUAGUCUCCUCUAGUUUCCCAGGCAUGUCUGCCCCUCUGAAGGUCUAGCUCUCCCUCCCACGGGAUUUGGGUGUAGGGAGCUGUUUGACCAGGUCCUUUCAGAUCCGGGCACAGUCUGGACUGCAGAGCUCCUGCAGCUUGACUGUUCCUAUCUUCCUGUUCCCAGAGGCCCCAUAAUGUUUCCUCUUGGGCAAGGGUGGGCAGUACUGGCAGUCUUUCCCGCUCUGGAGUCUCAGGAGUGCCCACAUGUCUGGGCGAUGACUUCUCUCUCCCAUGGGGUUUGGGAGCAGGGAGUUGUGGGCCGGGAUCCUCGAGGUUUGGGCACUAGCUAGAAACCGGAAGUGUCUGGUCCCAGACGAAUUUUGCCUGUGUCUCCUGAGUCCACCAGGUUGGUCACUUGGAGCAGAAAAGUUGGUGUUACCUCUGGUUGGUUACCUCUGGCCUGAAGUCACUCCUCGUUUCUGGGUUUCAGCUCUCCGUGAGCCAGAUUAACUUUUUAACCUGUGUAACUUAAUGUGAUAACUGAGGACCAACCAGAAGUGGCACCAGCUACGAAAUCAACACUAUGUGUUGUUCUCAUUGUGUCUGACCAUAAAAUUAAUUUAAGCAAAGAGGCUGGGAUUAAUAAGACUUUUUAAAAAAUGCUCAGUAGGGGAUGAAGAGAUGGCAGUCAGUAAGCAAGUCAGUCUUGCAAGCAUGAGGACUGAGUUUGAACCCUAACAUUCACAUAAAAUUCCAAGCAUAGCAUCAUUGGUCUGUAAUCCCAGCAUUGGGAAGGGGGAGACAAAAAACAGGUUCAGUGAAAGACCCUAUCUCCAGAGCUAACGUGGAGAGCGACUGAGGAAAUCACCCAAAACCACUUCCGGCCUUUGUGGGCAAAUUCACAUGUCUGGGCUUGAUAUAUAGUAUGAGAAACUUUUGAAAGUUUCAAGGCUUUAAGUUUUAAGAAAAAGAUGGUCCAGCAACUUAUGCUACCUUUCUUAGCAUGGUUAUAAUAAUUUUCACUCUUAUAAUAGAGAAAAUUAGUUUCCUACCCUUUAAUAGGAACUGUUGUUGUUGUUGUUGCUGCUGUUGCUGCUGUUGCUGCUACUGUUGUUGUUGUUGUUGUUGUUGUUAUAAACACCUGUAAAUCAAUCCCCAAAGGUUUAUUGAUUUUCUUCCUUUAAAAAACAAAAAAGUUCCUUUUAGGAAAUUAUAGCUCCUGGGAAUUCUAGAACUUAAGAGUCUGCCAAUCAGCAUUGCCUGUUUCCCUUGGUCCUGGAGCCCAAGCAGCACAUGAAUUGGUUUCCAAGGAAAGCAUUCCAUAAUCUGUAUGCAAAGUAGUGUUUUUACAUAGCUGAAUGUCAGAUCCAAAUGUAAAGCUGCCUGUUGCCUCAAGUGUGAAAUUCAUUCUCAUUUAAAUUGUAUGUUUCUUUGCAACUAAGGAUGCUGGUAUUUGAGGCCUGAGCUGUAGAGAUGUGUGUGUUACUGGAGAAGAGUCCUAAUCUCUGUGAGCCCUUUCCACUUCACUGACAAACCAGAGAAGAGUUCACAGGGAAGCAUCUUGACGGAAGUCAUCAAUAUAUAAGACGCAAGGGAAUACAUUUGUUUUGACGGCUUUAUGAUAUUUUACCAUCUUCCAAUUUGUAGAUUUUCCAAUAUGCUAUGAGCAUACAUGUUUUCAGAGAGCCCAGGUUUCACAUCAAGUAGUUUCUCUCAUCAUUUAAAUUCAAAUAUGAGAGAUUGGAUGCCAGGAUAUUUUCAAAUCCCUUUGUUGGUAGAAAGUCUGCUCACAUGUUCAAGAUCAAUAUUUAAGAAGAAAGAGUAUUAGGAUGUUUGUCUUGGUUCAUUUCCCUCAUGGGAUCUGUGGUCACAGUUGAUACCUGCCUGAUGAUUUCAAGAGCCUUGUCAUUUUUCUGAAUGCAUUUUAUUUUGUGCUUUUGAGGCUGGUCUCAGUUCAAAGCACCCAUCGAGGAUGAAAAACUUGGUUGGGUUUUCCUAUUCAUGAAACCUACUUUUCAUCUGGAGCCCACACCACGUCACUGCUAAUCUUCCUACUGCUUUUGACUGCUGGUCCUUUGAACAACUUUUUCAAAUACUGAUGGUCAAUGACAAGAAACUAGUAUGUCCCUGGCCAGAAACAGACCUCUCAUUUAAAGUGCUAAAACAGACAUCUGCAUUUCUAAAGGCCAUUCUUCAUAGUAGUUGUGGAGGGCACAAAGAACUGUAUCUGAUUUGACAUAACAAAAAAUGGUAACCUAGAAUCAAGAAAAGGAGUAUAAAUUGUAGCCUUUUCGUGGGUAACUUAUUCUAUAAUGUUGAACAAGAUUGUAUAGCUGUUAAUGUGACUCAUAGCCUCCAAUUGUAAUUUCAGGAAGCAAUUAUUACUAUUUCUCAAUAGGCCUUAGAUAGACUGGGCAGCUGUGCUGAUGUAGGCUUAGAUUAGAUUCUUAUGCCUGUUGUCACCUGGCAGGUCAUCUGUAGCUGGCAAGUACAAAGUAGACUCCUAAAGCCCAGUGUCAGAACUGGCACAUCCCACUUCUGCUGUAGUCUACUGGCCAGCACAAGGUGACAGCCAGCCCAGACUCCAUGAAGAAGAUAUAAGCUGAAGUGCUACAAGAGAAGAACUAAAAUUUACUCAGUAGAAGGAAAUAGGAACUGGUUAGAGGAUGUGGGCCAGUCUAUGCCUUUAGCCUUCCGAAAUCAUCAUAAGCCAUAUUGGAUCCCUCCACACACUCCACUCACUUAUGCAACAUGAUGCAAACUCCUGCAAUAAAUUUCCUAAAUCAAAUGAUAUGGAAGAUUACAAGUACUGCCUCUCUAUAAUCUAACUAGACAACUGCACAUUGCUAUUUUUCACUAGAUAUUACGUUAAUAUAUUCGGAUCACUGAGUUUAGUUACCACAUGUAAAGGAUUUUUAAAAUAACAUGUUCGUAUGUAUAUAUACAUAUGUGUGUUUAUUAUGUUUCACCAUUAGCUUCGGCCAGCAUGCUGAUACUUUGUCACUUUUUGGCCCACUGAUGUACCACUUGGUUGUUGUUGCUGAUUUCUCAAAAGAUGGGUGCUCAGAGGAGAAAAUGGGACCUUUUCCAAUGGUACUAACUGGCUGUUCUACCCAGGAGCAAUCUAGAUGAGAAUGUCAAGAAACAUGUUUAUGCAUCCUUCCGUGUGGUGGUUCUGAUAGAAAAUCCGUAGGCUCAGCCAUAGGGGGUUACGAAAUAUGGCCUAUAAUUUAGCACCUGGAGUGGCUGAGUUGAUAAUUCUCCAUCAGCUGCAGAGCUGUCAUUUCCAUUAAGACUUAAAUGAACACCAACAAGCCUUACUAAUGUGCAGAACUUGGAGGCACCACAUCCUCGGCCCAGCAAGCUGCUGCAUGAUUGCAGAGACACCGGUGUGCGUGAAGAGCUGAGACCUGUUCACCCGUACUUCAUAAAUCUAGACGCAGAAUUCACUUUGGGGCUUGUAUUAAGACGAGACAAGAGAGGAAAAAUAAACUGUUUUGUAAAGUCAACGGAACACCUAUUUCUCUAGCUACCUACAGCUUAUUACUGUUGUGUAUUAUUUCCAGCCGUACUUAUACCCAAGAACAUGGGGGAUCCUUAAAGACAUGCUGAUGCCUCUUGGGUAGUUUCAGAAAAAUACACCCUAUAAAUAAUUCUGCCUAUAUA